CACUGAAGCUUAAUCGUAAACAGUGGCCCAGUCACAACAAUGCAGCGAAGCAGCUGCUUCUAGCUUUAGCUUUAAAGAGCAGUUUUUUUUAAAACCCACGGAGCUCCGAGUCCAUCCGCCCGCAGCGGCUUCGGUUCAGUUCGUGUUCGGGUUGGAAUUUGCUUUGGCUGGGCUUUAAACCGUGUUUGUUUGGCUGGAGAUGGAGACAGCUAACGGUUGGCUGACAGCAGCAGAGGGGAGCGGCUGAGAGGUGAGGGGGAACUCGGGGUUUGCACCAAGAAACUCAAUAAACGGUUGAUCCGCAGGUUAGUGACAUGGUGGAGUAGGCGUCGUCUGCGCUGAAGCUCUCUGCGUCCUCCGGGCCUCUCUCUGCCUCUCUCUCCGGGGAGCGUCGCCAUGGCCCCGGGGUCUCUGGUGGCGGCCUGCCGCAGUCUGGCCCUCUCUACGUGGCUGCUCUCCUUCUGCUUCGUCCACCUGCUCUGCCUGGACUUCACCGUGGCGGAGAAGGAGGAGUGGUACACCGCCUUCGUCAACAUCACCUACAUGGACCCGUCCACCUCCGAGCUGCGCACCGAGAAGACGGAAUGCGGCCGCUACGGGGAGCACUCCUCCAAGCGGGAGGCCAAGGGGGUGGUGGUGCUGCCGGCCUCCCCGCUGGACCGGCAGGCCUGUGACCCCCACACCCGGUUCGCGGUCCCCCCGCAGGCCGCGGCGGGCUGGAUAGCGCUGAUAGCCCGGGGGAACUGCACCUGCAAGGAGAAGAUCCGCAAUGCUGCAGCCCACAACGCCACGGCGGUGGUCAUCUUUAAUGUGGGCUCCACGAAUCCCAACGAGACCAUCACCAUGCCCCACCAAGGUAUAGGUGAGGUGGUCGCCAUCAUGAUCCCGGAGCCAAAAGGCCGUGAGGUGGUGUCCCUGCUGGAGCGCAACAUCACGGUCACCAUGACGAUCACCAUCGGGACCAGGAACCUGCAGAAGUAUGUGAGCAGGACGUCGGUGGUGUUCGUAUCAAUAUCCUUCAUCGUGCUGAUGAUCAUCUCCCUGGCCUGGCUCGUCUUCUACUACAUCCAGAGGUUCAGAUACGCCAACGCACGGGACAGGAACCAGCGUCGCCUUGGCGACGCAGCUAAGAAGGCCAUCAGUAAACUCCAGGUCCGCACCAUCAGGAAGGGCGACCAGGAAACGGAACCAGACUUUGACAACUGCGCCGUCUGCAUAGAAGGCUACAAAAUCAACGACGUGGUCCGCAUCCUGCCCUGCAGACAUUUGUUCCAUAAGAGCUGCGUUGAUCCGUGGCUGUUGGACCAUCGCACCUGUCCCAUGUGUAAGAUGAACAUCCUGAAGGCUCUUGGCAUCGCUCUGAACGCAGACUGCUUGGACGACCUCCCCCUGGACUACGACCUGGCCCUGGGCGGCGUAGGCGGCGUUGGGAUGGGCGGAGUAGGUGCUCUGGCCCUGGAGGCCGUGGUGUCCGGGGCGUCCAGUGACGGGACGCUGAGCGAGGGCGGCUCUUCGGUGGUGCUGGACCCCGGCGUGCGGCGGGUGGGGCUCCCACAGGACUACCAGGACCAUGACCCGCUGAGAGACAGUCCCAUAACAGCCACUGAUGCCCACACAGGUGAGCUUCAGCCCAUGGCGAGCAGCGCCUCCGUGGCAUCUCUGGUCAUCGCCGUGGAAACCGGCCUGUCGGACGAGGAGGGGUCCAUCGGACAGCCUCGGAUGGGAGCCAAGUCCUGAGAACAGCACAACAGAACCAAGCCAGAACCAGGCCAAAAUAAACAAGACUCAGAACAAUCUUUAGGUCCGGAGAGAGGUCCAGCCCGACUGAAGAAUAAAAUCUGACCCAAACCUGGUUACGGUUUACGCUCGCCUAAAAUACACUGAUCCAGAACCAGCGCUGUGAGGGUCCGACUAGGUUUGGACUUCUGAAGCAGACCUGUUGGGUUCAGAGGAAUUGGAUUUUAUCUGUUGUUUCAGUGUUAACCUUCUUAGUUU